AUGUUAGAAGCACUGUUUAGAGAUUCUGUGGAAGAAGCAAUAAACGAUUCCAUCAAGGAAGGCGUUGUGCUGGCCGUUUACAACACUGCACGGGAUGACCAGUGGCUGAAAAGUUGGUUUAAAGGAGAUGAUGUCUCAUUAGAUACUUUAGCGGAACAUAGUAUUUGGUUGAGGUUGGUCAAAGACACUGAGCAGUUCCAGUUAUUUGAGCAAGUAUUUCCUAAUGUAGUUGUACCCAGUAUAUACUUGAUACGUGCUGGAAAGAUAGAAUUGAUUAUUCAAGGCGAGGAUGACCGACAUUGGGAGAAGUUGCUGGCGUGCAUAGGCAUCAAAGACAAAAAGGCUGGUGAGAGUUCGUCCAGGGAAACCAAUCCAGGUUUGGCUAGAGAAGAAAAGUCAUCCAGAGACGUCCAUAGGAAAAAUGCAAGAGAACGGAUUGCUGAGACUACCUUAGAGAUCCAACGUCGUGAACAACUGAAACAAAGAAAGCUGGCUGAGGAGGAAAGAGAAAGAAUUAUAAGACUUGUUAGGGCAGACCGUGCAGAAAGAAAAGCUCUUGAUGAAACUCAUCACAGAACCCUUGAUGAUGAUAAGCCAUUGGAUGUUCAUGAUUACAUAAAAGACGCACAAAAACUGCACAGCAGCAAAUGCGUCUUGCAAAUCAGGAUGACUGAUGGCAAGACUCUAAAACAUGAGUUCAACUCGUCUGAAACAUUAAAUGACGUUAGAAAAUGGGUGGACGUCAACAGGACAGAUGGAGACUGCCCGUACUCAUUCCACAGGGGCAUUCCCAGAGUGACAUUUAAGGAUUCUGAUGAAUUGAAGACGCUAGAGACACUAGAACUAACUCCAAGGUCUGCAUUAUUACUUAAACCACUAGAAACUCAAAACUCGGGGCUAUCUGUGACUGGGAUGGAGGGACCAAGCCUUUUGGGCCGUCUUUAUAAGGGAUUCUCUACGUGGUGGCACAACGAUAAAGAUCCUGAAGUAACAUCACAACGUGAGGAAACAUCGAAGCCGAAUCGUCACGAAGUGAGGUCUUCAACACCUUUAUCUGGAGCUGCUUCGUCAAGCUGUUUCCAAUACAACAAUGUUCGGGAACCAGUUCAAUCAUCUGCUCAUGCAUCACCAAUGCUGACACCUAGCGGAACCAGGUACCCAUCGGAAACCAACCUUACUACGUCACGUUCUGUCUCGCCAAAUGUUUUCCAAUUUGUUAACAACGAUCAUCAAGAAGAUCCUGAAGACCCAACAACCUUUAAUGGUAAUAAUGUCCAUUUAGAAAAGAAAAAGGACGAAGAUAAAAAAUAA